GAUGCUGAACGGAUUAAAACGUACAUCUUUAUGCAAUCUUCUUAGUACUGUUUAUCGGCUCAGUUUCGUUCAGUAAUAGAAAUGAAGUGCUAUAUUGGUAUUGUGUUUUUUGUGUACAAUUAUAUGAUGAUAUCCAGCCAGGUUCUUUCUGAUGAAGAAACAUCCUAUAUCGACAUCGACAAUGGGACGAGGAUAACGGAAUGUGUACCUGUGUCGUCGACGAAUUCGUAUGUGAAACAUCGUUGUCCGAAAAACAUGGCUCUUUAUCCGAUUGAGAAUAAAAUGGACGUCUGGAUGUGUGAGUGUAAACGAGGAUUCUUGUAUUUCCCAUUGAACGAUUCAUGCUACGAGCCCUACAAACAAGGUCCUUGUUCAUUUGAGAAUUACCUUGUUCUUCCCGAGAACGAAACAAUGCCACGUUGUGUGAAGAAUCCUUGCUUGCAAGACGGCAUGGUGCCGUACAAUGGUGCGUGUUAUCCUCUCCAAACCAUAGGCAUCCCUUGUGAUCCCAAUUACAGAUUGGAAGUGGACGUAACGACCUUUCAACUGAAAUGUAUGCCAAUUCCUAUGUACGCUUUCAUCGAUAAUUUUGCUUCAAGAGAUUGUCCAUUGGGUAGUCGUAGAAGUUUGAAGCUUGGCAUAUGCAGAAAAAUACAAGCACGUCACAACUAAAUCACGUCAAAUUAGAAUACCAGACUAUGGAAUCAACAGCUAAAGAGUUACACAGUUUGAUGAUUUCACUAUAACAUAAAUGAUGGAAAUUUUUAAGGAGAAAUUAAAUCUCGGCUUAAAUCUUAAGAAUCGUUUUUAGGUUCUGUAAACGAUUUAAAUGCAUGGAUCAAAUAAAGUGCAAAACUGAAAGACAACUUGAAGAUAGAUGAGUGAUUCCCCUGUAGGUCACGGCUUUCCUCUGCUCCCCCCACGGACAAUCCGAAUCACAUACUUUUUUGUAAAUAUGAUAUAAUACAUUAAAGCUUUUACUGUUUUAAAUA